GUAGACAGCUCCUUGCCCCAAGGCUUCGCAGAUCUCGUCGCCGAACUUACCUGAGCGUUGUUGUGAGGGUUCAAAGCAGAAAAUGGCGGUCGACAGCAUCAAGUUGUCGUUCACGAUCUUCGCGCUGCUGGUUUGGGGGAUUGCUGUGAAUGUUCUUCUUCCUCUCCACAGCGUGCACCUUCACGUGCUGAGCCAGCAGGUCCCCCUUCCGGGUCCCRACCUGAGGMRAUGCGGCGARCAGAGUCCGUGCUGUCUUCAAGUGCCCAAGAAGGGRGCGGWACCUKUAGAGUUCAAGCGCAACWCAUCCAUUCCCGUGCGGCGGCGUCGAUCUGCGAAGACGGCGCUGCAGAGCCCUGCGUACCUGAGGAAGCUGAAGAUGGCGUAUCGAAAGAUGAGGGAUCUUCAGCAUAGCAAUCCGGAGGACCCACGUGGCAUGGAACAGCAGCGACUGGUGCACUGCGUGUAUUGCUCCGGCGGCCUGGCGUACGGCCCCGAGUAUGAGGUGCACGGCAAUUGGUUCUUCUUGCCGUGGCACAGGAUGUACCUCUACUUCCACGAGCGCAUCCUCGCGGCUAUGGUGGGCGAUCCUCACUUCCGCCUCCUCUUCUGGAACUGGGACAGCCUGUCGGGAAGAGAGUUUCCCUUCCUCUUCCGGCCCCGGUCCUCGCCGCUGUUCGAUCUCAACAGAAACCAUGACGCUCGCAGAUUGCGAGCGCUGGUGCGCAAUGCGACGACCAGGGAGAUGCUUAGGUCAACGAUUGCCGAGGCCGAAACGCACGAGCUAUUUUUAGGCAGACCCUUGGGCAGYGCCCAGGGCGGACUGAUCGAGACCGGCAGUCAUAAUGCGAUCCACACGGCAGUGGGGAAACAGACUCCGCCGUUCCACAACAUGGGCAACCUCAGCUGGGCCUCGGGCGACCCCGUCUUCUUCGCCCAUCAUGCCAAUGUCGACAGGCUAUGGUGGGUGUGGUCACGUCUACCCACGGCGACGACUGCCAGGAGAUCCAAUCCUCCCGACACUGCAUGGCGGGACUCAAGAUUUGUCUUCUACGACGAGAACGCCGUCCUCACAUCGAUCUCGGUCAAAGACGUGCUGGACACGAAGCGGAACCUGCGGUACAAGUACGAGGACGUGGAGAACGACUGGUUGCCCACUGGGAGAAAAAGCAGGUCCUCUCCGCGGGGGAACUCCUCUCAAGCCUCCAUGUGGCCGAUUGUCCUGCGCUCUGUGGCUCCUGCCCGCACGAGGGGCGAUCCCGUCGACUGCCCGCUUGUGGCGCGCACUCGCAGAGUGAGCUCUGCGCCAGUCGCAGCGGUCGGGAUACCGGUCGCUAUCCUGGAGUCGUUUCACCUCUCCUGUCGGUCGCCCUUCUGCUUUGACGUGUACCUCUUGGGCACAGAUCGGGACAGUGACAAAACAACCACGAGGCUGCAUUACGUGUCGUCGUUCUACAGCUUCCCGGCGUCGGGAUCGCACUCUGGUCUGACGCGGACCAUCAAGUUCCCGAUCAAGGACGUGCUGGGCAGCGACCUCGACCGCGGGGGAAAGGUGAACUGGACGGUCAGGAUCGUUCCUCACGAGCUCGGCGCGCAGCCCACUGGCAACGUGUCCCUCCUUCUGCCGUCCGUCCGCAUCGAGUGGUUGCUCCCCACUGCCAGGAAGCGGCAUCAACGACGACCGCGAUCCCGGCGGGGGGCGCCUCAAUAAAUGGCAAUGGCUCGUGCUGCAGCCUUAUCGACGGCGCAGAUGCGCUCGAGGGUUCCUUUCCAUGGACGAACAUGGAGAAAGGAAUCAGAUGUGCAUGAGCAGUCCUUGCAGGCAGGCUGAGGACACAGUGAGGAGUCCUGAUGAGCAGGCUGAAGGCUCAGUGGAGAGGCCAAGAGAGCGGGGGUACAGAGUACUCAGGAUGGCCAGGCUUUGAAACGUGUAUCGCCGUACGACGCGCCAGAGUUGGAAUCGCGUAACAAAAUGGCGACCGCUUGAAGGGCAUGCUCAGAAACAAGGACUAUCUAUUCGCGGCCAGAUACACACAGGGCGAAUCUGAUUUGUCUCGAUAACAUAUGCGUGGUUCAAUGAAUGUGACCAGUUCAGGCUCAUGUGAAACCUCUGACAAUCACAUCUUUUUUCUUUUCGGAGAAAAAACACCGGUGACCUCUACUACUAGGGGGGGGGGGGUGAUAUGAGCAGCCCCACCUAGGGUAGUAGGGUCAUUGGAGGCCCCGAUCCAUUGGUGGGGGGCGUGCACCUGCUGUUAAUCGGGUCCAGCGUCCCUGUACAACAUUUGUAACACAGUUUGGAACAUAGUUUGAGACACUUAGGUGUGGAAGUACUCAGUCCGUCAGUGCUGAUGGCCUCGACCACACAGCGGGGUUUGUACAAUGCUGCUGUAGCUGCAGUUCCGCGAGCAUUCAUGCAUCCGUUGCUUGACAGUCAUGCAGUGGUCUCGAUGAUGUGCUUUGGCUACAGAGGCAGGCCCUGGGGAGAUGUGAUAUUCUAUCUGUGAAACCCGACACUCCCAUCUUGUCUAGUAUGCCGUAUGCAUGUUGAUAUCUUUGUGCAGGUUGGAACUGAUUGGUUACUAAUAGAUGACGACGUAUAGAGUCGGGGUUCUCUGUACUAUGUUGACUUUGGUCCUUCGUUUCCUGGCCUUAUAGACGGCUAGGCUAUUAACAUUUCAGAAAGGGACAGUGGAAGAGGGUCACAGGAGAGAUGUGGGAGGUGGUGGAGCACAGGGGACCCCAUGACUGAUGUAUGGUGCCCAUGAGGGCCACGAUACGUCGACAGCCCAGAAACUCUGGAAUCUCCGGAACCACCUUGAUAACGGUUGUUUGCCUCGCAGACUGUGUGGCUAGUGAUGCAAAACUGGCAUCAGUUGUUAAUGUGUUGUUAGAGAGAAGGGGUGGCUACUUAAGCCUGUUAGGGCCGUAACUUCUGCUACUUACUCACUGAGUGUGCGAAUGCAACGUUAGUGAUUUUGCUGUGCAUUUAUUGGUCGUGGAUUUAACUUUUAAGUUAAAGUUUGUUCUUGUCUAUGCAUUAGAGUAAUUGCAUUUCGUGU